CCUCUGUUCCAUGCCUAACCCAUCUUUGUCGUUUGGAAAUUCGGUCCAUCCUGAAACCAGAACACCUACGUUCUGAGGGUGUCAUCCAUCAGUUGCCACUUCCCAGAAGCCUACAAAAUUAUUUGCUCUACGAAGAUGUUCUGAAGAUGAAUGCGGUUCCGGAACUGGCAGCUAUUCAUGAUGGCGAGAUCAGUGAAGCUACUUAACACUGCUCGUUUCUUACUCUGGAAACCACCAAGAAAAAGAGCAAAGGACUGGCAAUUAUUCAUGAUUUUAUAGUCACAAAAUAUGAUUUUUGUUUGUGUGAUUGGUUAUGUUUUGGGGGGCAGUAGUAAAUGAAUGUUUACAACUGAGCUUCUCAGUAAAAAAAACAAAACAGACAAAACUAUAAACUUCACUUGUACUACUUUGUUGCAGAUUCAUUUCCAGUACACUGUGAGUUGUAAUGUUUACCUGACCAUUUUUUACUUUAUUCUGCUAAUGAACUGUGGUGCUGCUUCUAGUGGUAGACAUGGUGUUUUUCUGCCUAAGAUUCAUGUUUACCUGGUGCUAGAAGCUAAGAAUAGAAUGCAUAAAAUGGAGGGAAGUACAUACACUGUGCUGUUGGACCUCAUUAUUAUUAUUUUAUUUGAGGCUGAAUAUCACUUAUGAUUAUAAAAGAAAAAGUUUCCUGUCCUGUCAUGGUCCAUUUUCAUCUCUUAGUCCAGUCACUUUUAUGAAGGUUUGCUAUCUAUUGCCUUUUUGCAUGUAAACUCAGGAGAAACUUUUUUUUUUUUUUUUAAUAUAGAAAAUUGGAGUCCUUGUUCCCAUUUCCUACACGGGAAAUGGAGAAACAGGAACUGUUUCUCGCUGUGUGUCUCUGUCUUUCUCCACCUCCCCUUUCCUCUAGUCUUCCUCCCUCUCCCCCAUCAUUUCUCCCUACUUUAUUCCUUGCUGAAACUUAAAAUAAAUACUUGCUAAAACCUAAAAAAAAAUAAUAUUGAAAAUCAGUUGUAUUGCUGGUCCCUCACCCCUAGUUCCCUCUUUUAUGUUCUUUGGCAAAUCUGUACUUCAUGUUUAAUUUGCAAGAAGAGGCGCACAUCUAAACUAAAAUAUAUGCUCAGUUUCAAAAACCAAACAAAUAAACAUGAGGUCAGUUUUAGGAGCAUUUUACCACUUUUAGAAUGUUAAUGAGGAAGACUGAGAGGGGCAUUUUUGUGGCACCAUAUUCAAAGAAAGUGUACACAUUUCAGAGUUACUUAGUAUCAAAUGCAGCAGUCAGGCUCCAUUCAACUCCAGAUUCAGUGGGCAGUUUUAUUUCUAUGAAGCAGCAAUAGCCAGGUCUAUUGUAUUGUUUUUCCUUCAUAAUAUUUAGAAGGGUCUUCAAUCAGUCCAUGAAAUAAAGACCUUAGAAUCCUAAGUUAAUGAGGCAUGGCCUCAUGGGAUUUUGCUAUUGCUGAAUCUAACUCUAGAGUCAGGAAAAACCAAACACAGGAUCAAAUAAGUUUGAUAAGAGACUAGCUUUGAGAGAAAGGUAUGAGAAAUUACUGUCACAGUAGACAACUAGAGAUUGGUCCAAAGGAGGCAAAUCUUCCAUUCUGUUGGCAUCCUGUGGUUAAAAUAGAUGGGAGCGGAUCACUACUCUAUCCGUCUCUGAUAGGCUUUUGCUGUUUGACAAAAGCAUGAUGGUGGUAGACUAAAGGAGGGCAGCAUUGCUAAGAUUCACAGGAAUAAUUGAGCUUUUCAUGUUAUGAGCUGCCCUGGUUGGGUGGAGGCAGAGUGUGAAUGUGUACAGGUAGAAAUAAGGUUCAAUAUUGGGACCUAGGUGGAGAUUCUGAUACUAAGUUUAACAAAAAUCCCCAAACUGUACUAUGUAGUAUUUUAAAAAUACUGUAACUUUUGGUUUUCAAAUUGUAAGUCUCUGAUUUUUAUCAUAAUAACAAUUUUUUGGUAGAGUCAAAUGUAUAUAAAAUGUUUAAA